AUGGAGGACGAAGGCGAUACUCCCAUGGUGAAUGGCGACGUUAAAACGUCUCACUUGCCCAUGUCAGAAGAUGAAGAGAAGAUUCUCGCCCUCUAUGAUCGAAUACAAGAACUACGACUGGAAAUUGCUAUUAUAAAUGCCCAACAGUCACAUCAGUCAGAUGAUACUGCUUUAUUCACCGAUGAAGAAACACAAAAGGCACAAUCAGACCUUCUGGAGACCAGAGCACAAUAUGUUCUCAGAAACGACGUGACGGAAGCCGUCGUAACAGCCAACCCUAUACUCAAAGCUGUUCACAGCAACGCAGAAACAGCUCCUAUCGAGCGUGAACUUUUGCCAUUCAUCGAGCGCAGAGAUGAAGCUUCGGUCUCAGUCGCAAGGCAGGCCUCUCAGACGAACGAGGUAUGGAAGGCGUUGACGACGGCGCAAAGUGACACACUGCGGAAAUCUCGAGAAAACGUCACUCUGGCAGCCGAACUGUUUGAGUUGGCAGAUCAAGCAAAACUCAAGAAGAGAGUCCCCCCCAACAACUCAAAGAUGAUUGAGGAGCAGGAGAGGCUCGAGGCGGAGGUCAACGCCAGCAAGCAGAAAUGGCGGGUCAUGAAAGGUGUGGCCGGAGGUAUAAUAGUUGGUAGCGGCGUUGACUGGGUCCAAGACGAUGAACUGCGGGAUGUUGUACUCGACCCCGAGACUGAUGAAUGA